UGCCUUGCAUCAGCACAGCUAUAAGUACUAGAGCCAUGCGGCCUGCAAUGUAGCUGACUUGCCACUCACGAGCCGCCAUCAUGAAGCUGCUUUUGGUUCUCGCUGUCACCCUGACAGCCACUCAAGCUGCAGACAUCGUGGACCCCAGCACGUGCACGGCCUUCCCCUGCCAGAUCUUCAACGACGAGUUCGACUUCUUCGACUUCAGUGCCUGGGAGCACGAGAUGACCAUGGGCGGUGGAGGCAACUGGGAAUUCCAAGCCUAUGUGAACAACCGCAGCGUCACCUACACUCAUGACAGCACGCUCUUCAUCAAACCUCAACUUGUUGCGGACUGGCAAGGAGAAGCUUUCCUGACGACGGGGACCUGGGACAUGUGGGGCGCCCACGGCAGGAACGAGAAGUGCACCGGCAACGCUUUCUACGGCUGCUUCAGGGCCGGGGCUAACGGCCUCCUCAACCCCGUCAUGAGCGGCAGGCUCAGGACUCUGCCUUUCUUCGGCGUCGCGUUCGGGCGUGUGGAAGUCCGUGCCAAGCUGCCCCGCGGUGACUGGCUGUGGCCUGCUAUCUGGAUGAUGCCGAGGAAUUUCGAAUACGGUCUCUGGCCAGCGAGCGGAGAAAUCGACAUCGUCGAAUCCCGAGGUAACGACAACUACGGUAAUCUUGGUAACGGUUUUGGUGGUACCACCCUGCACUGGGGCCCAGCCUGGAACUACAACAUGUAUGGCCUCACCCACUCAGAAUACUCCCCCGCCGACGGGUCUUCCUUCGCCGACAACUUCCACACAUGGCGCUUGGACUGGACGCCCGACGGCAUGACGUUCUACCUAGACGACGCGGUCAUUUUGACGGUGGACCCCGGUACCAACUUCUGGGACUUCGGUGGCCUGGCAUCCAGUGGCUUCGAGAACCCCUGGCGCUACGGCUCGAAAAUGUCUCCCUUUGAUAAGGAAUUCCACGUGAUUCUCAACUUGGCUGUUGGAGGCACGAACGGCUUCUUCCCCGACGACGUCCCAAGCAGCCCUCCCAAGCCCUGGUCCAAUGCUGAGGGCACCGCCCCCGCCUCCUUCUGGAAUGCCAGAAACGAUUGGUUGCCUACGUGGCAGAACGGCGAGUCCACAAUCAGCGAGUCCGCAGCCCUGCAGGUUGACUACGUCAGAGUCUGGAAACUUUCUUAACAUUUUACUUGACAACGAAAUUAUGAAGGCCAAAUUAUUACAUCAUAAUUGAUUCACUUUUUCAUAAUAUUUUAUCGGAAAUUUCCUGUAGAAUUUAUGUGUUUAAUUGUUUUUAAAAUUACUAUUAUACAGGAAAUAACUCCUUUAGACUUCCAAAUCAAUAGCUAUCCAUUUAUAUUAAUACCUAUAAUGAAUUACUGGCCUGAAUAAAUUCUUCUGCAUUUGA